UGCCGGCUUUUGACGCUCUGGAUAGCCCUCUUGAGUUUCUCCAGUUAUGAGGUCCUGGCAGAGAGCCAUCUCUCUGCCAUCUCCCCCAUCUGGACACCCAUCCUCUUGGUACAUAAACAUUAAUCACAAUAGCUACUCCUUAUUAAAUGCUUCCCUAUUCCAAGCACCUGACAUAUUUUUAUCUCAUUCCAAACAAACUGAUGGGGCCUGUCUUAGCUUCCUUUUCACCAAGAGGGACGCUGAAGCACAGAGACAGACAGUAACUCACCCAAAGUCACACAGCAAGCAGGCGGUGUCAGGAACCUCGGAAAUUACGGAGUGUGCUUACUUUUCCCAGGCUGGGCCCAUGGGAAGCUGUGGAGGGGAAGGCACAGACUGUGAAGCUGGCCCGCUUUAGGUUCCCAUCCUGUCUCCAUCACUGGCCGGCUGUUUAACUUUGGGAAGAGUCCUGAGUGACUCUGUGCCUUGGGGUCCUCAGCUGUGAGAUGAGGUGAAGAGUACUUGCCUGAUCGGGUUUUGGUGGGGCUCUGGGGGACUCAUGUGAAACUUUCAGCCCGGUGCCUGUCUGGCGUGUCGGGCGCACCAGACAUAUUAGCUGUCGCUCGCUGCUAAAGCAUCAGGACCUUUUGCCUUCUACUUUUCCAGCUUCAUUUCCUUUCCCUAAGGCACUGAUUAAUUAAAGGUAUGUUUGGCGUUAUUCUAGCACUGCCCCAGGAAGCCUCGGGGAGGGAGGAACUGCGAGGUUCUAGGCACUCCCAACCCAGCUGGAAGCAUCGCUCCUACGGCUGCCCUCCUUCAGCCUGGCCCUAGGUUUGGAAGGAAGGGACUCCUCCUUCUGGUCUCAGCCUCCUGAGAAGCUCCAGGCUCUCUUCCUCAUCCUCCAAACUCCCAUGCUGUGGAUCCCCUGCCACCAAAUUACCCCCAGUGUCUCCAUCCUGUGCCUCAGAACCUAUCCUGACUCACAGCACCUCCCACCCCCAGGGCCACUCAAUUCCAACGUCAAACCCGUGCCCCAGGUCUACUCGACCCUCCUCAGCAGCGGCUGCCAGGGCGGCGAGCACGCGGCCUGCUUCUCAGAGCUGCGGAGGAACUUUGUGAACACUCGCCCGGCAAAGGUGAAGAACCUGAUCCUGCUGGUGAAGCACUGGUACCGUCAGAUGUGCCGGGAGGAGGCAAGGAGGGAGGUGCUGCCUCCAGCCUAUGCCCUGGAGCUGCUGACCAUCUUCGCAUGGGAGCAGGGCUGCGGGAAGAAUGCCUUCAGCCUGGCCCAAGGCCUGCGGACGGUGCUGGGUCUGAUCCAGCAGUAUCAGCACCUAUGUGUCUUCUGGACCCUGCACUAUGGCUUCGAGGACGCUGCGGUUAGCCGCUUCUUAAGGCAGCAGCUUGAGAGACCCAGGCCUGUGAUCCUGGACCCAGCUGACCCCACGUGGGAUGUGGGGAACGGUGCGGCCUGGCGCUGGGAUAUACUGGCGCAGGAGGCAGGGUCCUGUUACGAGCGCCCGUGCUUUCUGCAGGCGGCAGGGGGCGCUGUGCAGCCCUGGGAGAGGCUUGGCCUUCCACGUGCUGGGGCCGCAGGUUUAGACCACCCCAUCCAGCGAGACUCUGCCCAGAGGCCCCCUGAGGAGAACUGCACUCUCCAUGCUGUGCGCCCCAGGACAGGGGGCAGGCGGCCCUCAGGCCCAGCUCCUGGCCCCUCGGGGGCAGCCAGCAUCAUCCCUUCCACGCUGGGGACGGCUUCAGAUCUGUCCCAGAUUGCUGCCAAGGACCUGGACCGCUUCAUCCAGGACCACCUGAAACCAAACCCCCAGUUCCAGAAGCAGGUCAGCAAGGCCAUCGAUGUCAUCUUGAGUCGCCUUCGUGAGAAGUGUGUCUACAAGGCCUCAAGAGUCAGCAAGGGGGGCUCCUUUGGCCGGGGCACAGACCUGAGGGGUGGCUGCGAUGCCGAACUUGUCAUUUUCUUCAACUGCUUCAACGACUACAAGGACCAAAGCGCCUGCCGCCCACAGAUCCUUAGUGAGAUGUGGGCACAGCUGGAAUCCGGGUGGCAGGACCCAGUCCCUGGCCUGAACCUCAAGUUUCCUGAGCGGACCAUGCCCGGGGCUUUGCAGUUCCAGCUGGUGUCCACGGCCCUAGAAAGCUGGAUGGAUGUGACUGUGCUGCCAGUCUUUGACGCCGUGGGGCAGCUCUGCUCUGGCGCCAAACCCGCGCCCCAGGUCUACUCGACCCUCCUCAGCAGUGGCUGCCAGGGCGGCGAGCACGCGGCCUGCUUCUCAGAGCUGCGGAGGAACUUUGUGAACACUCGGCCGGCCAAGCUGAAGAACCUGAUCCUGCUGGUGAAGCACUGGUACCGUCAGGUCGCAGCUCAGAACAAAGGACAGCAGCCAGCCUGUGCCUCUCUGCCCCCAGUCUAUGCUCUGGAGCUCCUGACCAUCUUCGCCUGGGAGCAAGGCUGCGGGAAAGAUUCUUUCAAAAUGGCCGAAGGCCUAAAGACCGUCCUAGAACUUAUCCAGCAGCACCAGCAGCUCUGUGUCUACUGGACAGUCAACUAUAGCUUUGAGGACCCGGCUAUCAGAACACACCUUCUUGGCCAGCUUCAGAAAAAGAGGCCCCUGGUCCUGGAUCCUGCUGACCCCACCUGGAAUGUGGGCCAGGGCAGCUGGGAGCUGUUGGCCCAGGAAGCAGCAGCUCUGGGGACACAGGUCUGCUUUAGGAGUGGAAAAGGGACAUCUGUGCAGCCCUGGGAUGUGAUGCCUGCUCUCCUUUACCAAACCCCAGCUGGGGACCUUGACAAGUUCAUCGGUGAAUUUCUCCAGCCCAACCGCCAGUUCUUGGCUCAGGUGAACAAGGCCGUCGAUGCCAUCUGCUCAUUCCUGAGGGAAAACUGCUUCCGGAAUUCUGCCAUCAAAGUGCUCAAGGUGGUCAAGGGUGGCUCUUUAGCCAAAGGCACGGCUCUGCGAGGCCGCUCGGAUGCAGAUCUAGUGGUGUUCCUCAACUGCUUCAGCCAGUUCACCGAGCAGGGCAAAAAGCGGACUGAGGUCAUCUCAGAGAUCCGAGCCCAGCUGGAGGCAUGUCAGCAGGAGAUGCAGUUCGAGGUGAAGUUCGAGAUCCCCAAGUGGGAGAAUUCCCGCGUGCUGAGCUUCUCCCUGACAUCCCAGACGAUGCUGGAUCAGAGUGUGGACUUUGAUGUGCUGCCAGCCUUUGACGCCUUAGGCCAGCUGGUCCCCGGCUACAGGCCCCCGUCUCAAGUCUACGUCGACCUCAUCCACAGCUAUAACCACGCGGGCGAGUUCUCCACCUGCUUCACGGAGCUGCAGCGGAACUUUAUCAUCUCUCGGCCCACCAAGCUCAAGAGUCUGAUCCGACUGGUGAAAUACUGGUACCGGCAGUGCAACAAGAUGCCCAAGGGGAGAGGCUCCCUGCCCCCCCAGCACGGGCUGGAACUCCUGACGGUGUACGCUUGGGAGCAGGGCAGCCGGGACCCCCAGUUCAACAUGGCCCAGGGCUUCCGCACUGUCCUAGAGCUGGUCAGCCAGUACCACCAACUCUGUGUCUACUGGACCGUCAACUACAACGACAAGGACAAGACUGUCAGAGACUUCCUGAACCGGCAGCUUCGGCAGCCCAGGCCCAUCAUCCUGGAUCCAGCUGACCCGACGGGCAAUCUCGGCCACAAUGCCCGCUGGGACCUGCUGGCCGAGGAAGCCGCCGCCUACAUGUCUGCCCUGUGCUGCAUGACCAGGGACGGCACCCCCAUCCAACCAUGGCCAGUGAAGGCUGCUGUGUGAAGGCCAGAGUCCAUGUUUGUACCAGAUAGAUGGAAGGACACCAGCCCUCGGCAUGAGGAAACUCAGGGACACCUACCAGAUGUGUGUGUGUGUGUGUGUGUGUGAGAGAGAGAGAGAGAGAGGGAGGGAGACAGAGAGACUGAUCCAGCCUCUCCGUCCAGCCUCCCCACUCCGUGCUCUCCUCCUACUCUGUGCAGCCUACCCACCUGAUACCUGUGGGUCUGUGGGCUGGCAGCAGCCUGGGUUCCCAGCCUGCCUGCCAUGCCUCUGCUCUUGGACAGCGACAGUUGCAUCCCACACUGCCCCCGCUGAGAAUGUCCUCCUCCUUCCCGACUUCUGUGCCUGUCCACACUAGCUCAUGUCUGCUGCUGAAACCCCUCCCUGUCCUGCCAGUGGCCUCUCCUUCUUCCCCAGUCCAACAGCUUCUCACAGAAAGGACAGUCUUCAUGCCUUUUGUCAGCCAUAGUCCCUUGCUAGUGGCUGCCUGGAGCCCUGUGUCCUGGAGGAUUCUGGAGAACAGAUACAUACCUGGGAAGAGUGACCUAAUCAACUAGUGAUGUCUGCCAUGGACGCAGCAAAGGAAAGUCACGGCGUGAUGCUGUGAUUGAUUAGCAGUGUCUGGCCUGGAUGCAGGAAGAACAUGCUCACGGGCCUACAGUGUAUGGCUAAGCUCCCGAGUUGCUCUCUGAGCUCAGCCGCUGGCAGGAGAGCAUGCUAUGUGGGCUAAUUGUAUCUGUCACACACGGAGUGGGGCACGUGUACCAUGCAGCCCCUCUCAAGGGAUGCCUGGCUGCCUUUUUGCCAGAGCCUGAUUUUCUUGCCCCUUCCUGCUGCACUCAUUCCCCGCGUGCGCAUCCCGAGACCAUGCCCUGUUUGCCUUCCUGAAUUUUUACUGGGCUCUUGUCUUCUCUCCUGGCCUGUGGGAGCAUCACCAGUGGGAUUCUCCAUCCCCAGAGCCUGGACGUGAACCAGUGCGCCAACGACAGUGCUCAGCCUGCUUCUCUGUGACCUCAGAGCAAAGGCACCAGGUCCAUGCAAGGGACCCCUGGGCCAGCAACAGUGUCCCUCUUAGUCACGGCUCAGCAGGGAAAACAAAACAGUCCAAGAAUUGUAAGCAGAAAGGGCUUCCAUCUAAAUCCCUGGGUGGUCUGGAGGAACGGAGGGUGGGGACGGCGACCAGACUGUUGGCGUCAAGAUUAGACCAACGUGGUUGAAACAGAGGUCAGGAGGCCACUGCUGCCACUGACACUCACACUCACAAAGCGGGGGGCCAGACCCAGAACGUGGGCUCUGGUGGUCACAGGCAUCGCUCAGGGCUUGCUGGCCCCCAGUACGGCAGGAAGAUGCCUCCGGUCCACCUCCAUCAGAACAGUCUAGAUUACAGCCAGAACUCGGACAACAGGGCAGACUGGAGGGGGCUUGCGUCUCCCACCCACUGUAGCACAGGGCAGAGCAGAUGCCCAGUGCCGACAGCCCGAGUCAGGGACAGCAGCCCCAGCAGAUGCACUGUGAAUGUCUGUUGCGGGGGGUAAGCAGGUGGUCCAUCCCAGGGGGAGGAGCAGGAGGAGACAGAAGGGAAGGAGCCCCCACGCAUCCCCUGCGUGCCCCCCGCGGGUCUCAGCAAGCCUGACUCCCCAUGGCCUGUGGCUAGGCAUGCUCUAACAGAGUACGUCAGAUCUGCUCUCUGGGAGGGAGACCGUGCCCAAGAGCAGUUCUUCUGUUGCCCCUGGGACUAUAGGGAAGUCUCAGAGGCCAAGCCCACCAGCACCUCCUGUGCGCCCCCAUCUGUGAGGGCAGAUGGUGCCAAUAAAGUCUCAGACUCACCUCACUGACUGCAUAUCUGGGGGUGGGACUCUCAGGACCCCAAGUCAUACCUUUGUGGUUGGCCAGUCCCCAGAGCUCAGGACUGAUGCUUGCGGGCCGCAGAGACCUGCCCUGCCAAGCAUGCACCAGCAGGUGAGGACCUGGCCUUGACCUUGCUCGUCCUGGGUGGAACCAGUGACGGGUCUAAAUUCGGUAAUUCCCAUCUUCAUGGCACAGACUCUAGCUCUCCCCACCCCCAACAAAAUGGCUCUUGAAUGAGGGGAGUUGUGAGAUGGUGGGAAUUGAGGUAGCCCCAGUAGGCAGGAGGUAAGGAGGACCUGUCUGUCACCUGGGCUGGGCUGAUCCCUGCGGGGAUUUAUUCUACUUUAGCUCCUUGUUCUUUGACAAUGACCACCCUGGUAUUGACAUAGUGACCCCACCAUGACUUUCGAGGGCUUAUCCAGUACCAACUUGAUGUCAGUACCAACUUGAUUUCUACAUUUAAUGAUCCUAGAGAUACUCCCCAAAAUGCCCACAAGCACUUUUCUCUGGAACUAAAGGUCUUAAGGAAACAUACACAUGCAAGGAAAGUUCAGAUAAUGCAGGAAAAAAGAGCUCUGAGGAGAGAGUAGCCCAGGCAGUAUUAAAACUUACUGGGAGAGGGGACACCUGGGUGUCUCAGUCGGUUAAGCGUCUGCCUUCGGCUCAGGUCAUGAUCUUGGGGUCCCGGGAUCGAGCCCCGCAUCGGGCUGUCUUCUCACCCAGGAGUCUGCUUCUC